AUGACAGAAACCAGAGAUCGAGCACGUUUCGCCGGGGGUAGUACAGUCGCUGUCAUCGGUGCAUGGAUCGGGCUGGCUGUUGUCAGGAACGCAAGUGCCGGCAUCACAGAUGGGGUUGGCCCGCCGUUGAGAGCCUCGCAUUCGACGUUAAAAGUGCACUCGCCCGGCUCAGCAGCUGCAGUGGUGGUUGUCGUAGCUGGGGUUGUCGUGGUCGUGGUGUCAUUGCUCAGAGUCACAGAGGAUGAGAUAUCCCCAGAAACAGUAGUCGCUUCAGUUGUAGUGACAGAAAGCCCAGUGGCGGAUGUAGUCUCGAAUGCUGUUGUGGUGGUGUCUUCAACAGCUUGGGUAGUCGUAGUGCCAUCGGCAAAAGUCUCAGACGAUGAGACAGCAUCAGAAAUAGUUGUCGUUUGCGUUGCAACGACAGAAAGCUCAGCGGUGGUGGACAGAGGAAGCGUGGUCUCUGGGCUGCUUGACACAGAGCUCUCGGUGGUAGUGGACUCAAUCGCGGUCAGUGUCUUGGUGGUCGAGACAGAUGAUGGACGGCAUGGCCCAGCAUUAACGCUGUGGAUGGCCAAAACCGCCAACGCGCCAGAAAGAAAAGAUGACGGGAUCGUUUUCAAAAGCGAAUGA